CUCUCCUCCUCCUCCUCCUCCUCCUCUUCCUCUCCUCUCCUCCCUUCCCUCCCUGACUCACCCCUCUCCUCCUCCUCCUCCUCCUCCUCUUCUCUCCCCCCUGACUCACCCCUCUCCUCCUUCUACUCUUCCUCUUCUCUCCCCCCUGACCCACCCCUCUCCUCCUCCUCAUCCUCCUCUCCUCUCCUCCCUACCCUCCAUGACUCACCCCUCUCCUCCUCCUCCUCCUCCUCUUCCUCUCCUCUCCUCCCUACCCUCCAUGACUCACCCCUCUCCUCCUCCUCCUCCUCCUCCUCAUCUCCUCUCCUCCCUACCCUCCAUGACUCACCCCUCUCCUCCUCCUCCUCCUCCUCCUCCUCCUCCUCCUCCUCCUCCUCCUCUUCCUCUCCUCUCCUCCCUACCCUCCCAGACUCACCCCUCUCCUCCUCCUCCUCCUCCUCCUCCUCCUCCUCCUCCUCCUCCUCUUCCUCUUCCUCUCCUCUCCUCCAUACCCUCCCUGACUCACCCCUCUCCUCCUCCUCACCCCUCAGUCCUGACAGAGAUAGAGACUACAAAGGUACUACAAAUCCCUUCAUCUCCUCUCCAUUCACCACAGCAGAGCUGCCUCUGGGAGAUGUAGACCAGACCAUCGCCUCACCUCUGACCCCUGAUCGACCUCUACUGGUUACCACGAUGACCAGCACCACGACGACAGACAGUGAAUCACAAUGUCCGACGACGGACACACCCCUGCUCUCACACACACACGCUACACACACACCUGAACACACACACACUACACACACCAUCCAAACACCCACACCUCUCUCACAGACACCUGUACUGUCCUCAACCGCGGUGUCCCCCGCCUCACCACUCAAUCCUAUCCAGGAACACACCGCCACCCAUCCUGCCCGUUCUGUUCUGACCCCGACCCCAACAGCUCUGACCUCUCCCCGUGGUCCGAACACAACUCCCCUCUACCCUGUCGUCACAACCAGUCCUAUGGUCACCACCACAACCACAACACAACCACCACUGACCACGAAACAACCAUCCACAACCACAACACAACCAUCCACAACCACAACACAACCACCACUGACCACGAAACAACCAUCCGCAGCCACAACACAACCAUCUACAACCACAACACAACCAUCCACAACCACAACACAACCACCACUGACCACAAAACAACCAUCUACAACCACAACACAACCAUCCACAACCACAACACAACCACCACUGACCACAAAACAACCAUCCACAACCACAACACAACCAAUCUCUUCCACACAGUCGUUCCCCAGGCUCAGGACUACCAGGCCCCCACCCUGGUCCGCCCCUCACCCCAGCCAGGGCAGCCCAUCAGCGGGUAGAUCCUCUGGCCUGUCCCCCUCUCCUCCCCCCUCCACCAUCAGCUCCACACACAGACCCAGAGUCUUCAUCCUGCCUGACCGGCCGGCUACCGUCAAAGAAGAGUCCAUUGAGUUGCUGCUGCAGGUGAUUCUGGAGGAGAGCAGCUCUGACCCGACCAGCAGUCUGGAGGACGACACUACAUCCUGGGUGGCGCCCUACCUCCAGAGAGCCCCGGGAUUCCAGGACCUGCAGGGGGUUUGGAGCAGAGGUCGAGUGGUGCAGAGUGUGGUGGUGUUUAGGACCUCAGGAGCGUUGGCCUGGCUGGGCGUAUCAGGAGCGGGGUCUCUGCUGGAACGCACCGGAUUGGCCCAGGCUGUCAGAGAGGGGCGGAGCUUCAGAGGGUCAAAGGUUACGAACGUUACUGUGGGAGGUGUGCAGGAUGAUGUGUGUUUGUGGUUGUUCAACUGCCCUGCAGCAGGUUUUGAGUGUUUGUCCAGACCAGGUCACAUGGCCGUCUGUUCCUCGGUCUGUCACUCUGACUACUGUCACAACCAGGGCAUCUGUACCCACCACCCUCACCAACCACCCCUCUGCCAGUGCCCUGUGGGGGAUCAUUUCUGGUUCAUGGGUCGUCGUUGUGACGUGAGGAUGACGCAGCAGUGGCUGGUGGGGGCGUGCCUUGGUGUGCUGGUUGCCAUAGUUACACUGAUUGGCGCCGUGGCCUGGCUGGCGGUGCGACGAUACAGAGCCAUGUUGAUAAAGACUAAAGUAGACCAGACACGGAGCAGCUACCGUAGGUUCAACCACUUUGACGAGCUGUCGGGUCGUUUCUGGGGGCGGUCCAUCGGUGGAUCAGCUGACUCGUUGGAUAACCCCGUCUUCACCCGCUCCGACGAGUUGCUACACCGGAGGGCGCUCGACCGCACCUGCUGUUACCACGACGAUACGCUGUCCCUGGCCUCCACCUGCCCUAGCAACGGAACACACCUCAACACAGUCUACCCACACAAUUCCCAGUACGGCUGGGCGGUCAGCGAGGUCAGCCUGGCGGAGUGUGUGUUGGAUUCUGGGAAAGCCAGUGACCUGUCAGUGUGCAGCUGGCCCAUAGAACCCAUCCAGUGGACACCAUUCCCCCUGCUACAGCAACUAUCCUCUACACACAGAACCACCCCGGUGAGGGCGCUGCGUCCUCGGUCCUACUGUGAAGGUAUGGAGCUGGUGGAACUGGAGAAGAGCUGGACGGCCUAGCAACCACUGAACCGUUUAGUGGAGUCAGUCGUGAGGAAAGGUUGAACAACUGAAUCACUGAAUAAACUGAUUCACUGAGUCACUGAGUCAAUGGUAUCUCUGAAUCACUGAAUAUACUAUCACUGAAUCGCUGAGUCACUGAAUAAACUGUAUAACUGAAUCACUGAAUAAGCUGUAUCACUGAUUCACUGAAUCACUCAGUCAAUGGGAUAACUGAAUCACUGAAUAAACUGUAUCACUGAUUCACUGAAUCACUCA